AUGCAACCGUAUGGCGUCAAUGGUGGCAUGAACAUUGGGAAAUUGCAUUUAAAUAUAUCUGUUUCAGAAAUAAAACUACUUAGCGCACCUACGAAACAACUAUCUGAGAUGAAGUACACCGCUGCAGAUUUGGAAGAACAAUGCAAACACAUAUUUUGUCCUGUAGUAUUAGAAUGUCCUGAGGACAGUUUCCUUAAAAUAUACUCUUCAGAUGAGAUCGAUGAUUAUGAAGAAAUUCAAUUUCAUGUGGAAGAAUUAAAACCAUCUCCUCAAAACUUCACAGAAACUUCAGACGAUGUUAAGAUCACUGAAGAAAGAGUACGCCGAAAGCGGGAAUUUUCUUUCGUAGAUAGCAAUGAAAAAGACAUAUUGAGGAUAUGCUGCCAAGUAAAUGACUGCGUUUGCAAAAAGUGUCCUGAAGUUAUGAAAUGUGGCGAAAAUGAAGUUGCUGUCAAAAUACGAGAACCACAAGCGAAGCCAGGCAGUUGCUGUCCAGUCUUCAAAUGCGUGGAAAAAGUAGAUUGCGAUGUUACAAAUGGUGAACCACCUAAAUUCCAAGAGUAUUGGCGUGAUGCUUGCACAAAAUGCAACUGCUAUAAUAUUUGUGAGAAUCACUGUCAGAACGAUGAUCCCAGCAGGCAGUUGGGAAUGCAAAUGAAGAAUUGUUAUUCAUCUUAUUUGCAAAUGCCAAUGCUACAUGGUGAACACUGGUUUGAAAAUAAUUAUUGCACUGAAUGCGAUUGUAUAGAUGGUUACCCAGAUUGUGUUUCAAAUCUCUGUGAUGAACCACGCUGCAAAAACCCGAUUAAAGUAGCAGGGCAAUGCUGCCCUGUUUGUACAACUGAAAUUGAUAUGGAAAUGGAAACUACAACAGCAAAAUCUACACAAAAACCAGUAAUAGAAAAUGUUACCACCACUACAGAAGCAUUCCCAUUGAGUACUGAAAAUAACACAACUGCAUCUGAAGUAUAUUAUACUGCAAAUACUACUACGAUAUUUAAUACAACUACAGAUUAUAUGACGAAUAGCACAAGCACAGUUUCAGCAAUCGUAGAAGAGAAUAAAAUUGAAGACACAGACAGUACAGUUAUUUAUGAAAAUACAACACUGUCUACAGCAUAUGCAGCUUUAUUGGAAAAUACUACUGAAACAGAAUCAACAAGUGAUCAUUUCACAGACUCGAGCACUGAAAAAAAUUCUUCAAGUUCUAUGUCAAGCAUAGCAUCAAGUGAUAUUGAUUUUGUUGACACUUCUUCUACAACUACAACAACCACAACACAAGCUCCAGUCGUUUCAACAGAUUCUUCAACCUCAACAGACUCUUCAACAAAUACUUCAACAGAUUAUUUAACAAAUACUUCAACAGAGUCCGCUACUUCAUUAUUUUCUAAAAACGUGACAGAAACAAUACUAGAAGUAGAAAUUUCCACACCAUCUACUACUUCUACUAGCCGAGUAUUAAGCAUAAUUACAAGUACUACUACGGAUACACCGAUAGGAAGUUCUACUACAUCUACAGAAACUUUUUCAACUUCUUCAAGUACCAUGAAUAUAUCAACUGAGGUGUCUAGUACUACAACUGUUGCACCAACUGAAACUUCCAGCGCAUCUACACCAAUCACGGAUGGUCCGUUAAUAAGCUAUAGCACAACUGAGGAACAAGUAUCGAGCAGUACUGGAGUAAUGACAUAUACAUCUGCGCCUCCACCUUUACCUUUACCUGAACCACAACCCACAAGCUAUAGACAAAAUGUACCUGGUCUACUAGCUCAAAAUAAUGACAAUGAACAACAGAUUUAUCCAGCUUUAGGGACCGUCCAAAAAAUCGUCAAUUGGUUCUUUGACUUACCUCCAAUUGUCAUCGCUCUGGUACUAUUCAUGUUGUUGAUGUUCUUCGCUGGCAUUGCUUAUGUAGUUUAUCGCUGUACCAGGAGCAAGAAGAACCUGUAUUCGACGGUGCCCAUUUCGGAUUUAAGUCUGAGUCAAAGUUCCACAAACUCUACGGUGACAGAAAGCAAUGUUACUAUUCAGUUUGAAAACUAAUGUGGUGAUAUUAAAAGAUACAAAUAUGUUAAUCUCAAAAGUUAUUUAUUGAAUGAAAAACUAUGCUAAGA